GAUCCAAGUCAGAGGAUGAAAAUAGGCUCUUGUUUGGAAGUAGACGGAAUAACAAAACGCCAUACAAUAAACCAUGACUACAUACCCUCCCCAAAAUCCCUCUCCCUCAUCAAACACAAUCGGCAGCCCCAAGAACAGUCCUACAGUCACUACUGAAAAAGUCGGUAUCCCUCAGAAGAACAGGCCUGGCCAGAUAUCUCUGAAAUCUUCUUUUGCUCUUCUCUUAGGUUCUUCAAGUGAGUCGAAGAGGGCUAUAUCCAGAAGAGACCGCAGAAACAGCCUGCAAUGAGGAUAAUGCAGCCACGAAUGAUUUCACAGCAAUCAAUAAGGUUAUUGCCAGGAGGUAACUUAAUGGUUCUUUCAGUGCUGGAUAGAAGAAAGAAGAUGAGUGUUGUUGUGGUCAGGUAUCAAUUAACAAAUAAGUAGCAAAGUAGAGCAUUGGUACCUCCAACGACCAUCCUCCAUCCAAUAACUCCAUAAACCACUCCAAACGUCACUAUAUACAGUGCAAACACAUAUGAUUUGUGGUUAACAGCAGAAUGCAGCUUCUUUGCGUAGACUUUUAACUCCAUUUUUUUAAGAAGGGUGUGGAAUUU